AUGAACGCCCAAGUGUUUGUCCCACAAGGCCAGGCCUUUCGUCAAUCCAAUAACAAUCAACAACCAUAUCAAUCCUUAUCGAUGGCUACAAUGAAUGCCUUCGCAUUAGACACUUCAUCGCAAAAUACUCCACAAUCGAAUGGUGGCGCAUCAUUUACAUCGGGGCCGUGUUCCGUUUUAAUCCGUCGUUUACCAUCGAAUACCACUGAAGAUGCACUACGAUCAAUGGUAGUAUGGUCUAAAGAGUUCACUGAAGCUGAAGUAUUGUCUCCAGAGAAAUCUGAUGAUGCAGGUUUCCGAGCUGCUAUUCUCCACUUCAAGUCCCAUGCGGGCGCGCUCGAGGCUAAGAACAUGCUUGAUGGAAAACCAAAUAUUGCAAACGAUGCGAAUAUGGUGGUGGAAAUAUUUUAUGGAAGUCCCACCACCGCUCGUCGAUAUACUGUCGAUACGAACACAAACGCUGGACCAUCCAGCUCCACUUCCUCCACGGCUUCUUCAGCGGGUCCGACCCCUCGACAAUCUUCAAGAUUCAACAAUUCCUUCACAUCUGCACAAAGAGUUUCACCUACAAAUAACAAUGGAAACUAUUCAAACAAUGAAUUGCCAAAUCCCGAGUCGAGUGCUCGCUAUCAAAAUUUGUUCUCUCCGCAAUCUCCCAUUGGAAAUCACCUCAAUGAUCGCCCCCGCAUUACAGGCAAGUCAUUGAUUAAUAACGAUUCCGGCGAAGAUGACGAGACAGGCGAACUUCUCAAAGACCCAGUGGCUUAUGCUGAAAAUGGAGCCACAUCUAGUCAAACACGACGCCCGACUAACCCUCAAAUUCCCAUCACCACCCGUAUGGCAAGCUUAUCUCUGGCGACGAACAAUGCUGGAGGUCCAGCUUCCAUGUCAUCUUACGCGUCUCAGCAGACUAUGCCAACCAUGGCAAAUGCGAACACCAAGUCACCGGUAUCACAACCGCCUCAACACUACCAACUUGGAAGUCAACACUAUCACCGCCAUAAUUUCCCACCUGUCAAUCCUGCUGACCAAAAUCCUCCAUGCAAUACUUUGUAUGUUGGUAAUCUUCCAAUCGAUACUUCAGAAGAUGAGCUCAAGGCCCUGUUCUCAAAGCAGCGUGGAUACAAGCGCCUUUGUUUUAGGACCAAGCAAAAUGGUCCAAUGUGUUUUGUAGAAUUCGAGGAUACUUCUUUUGCGACGAAAGCUCUCCAUGAACUAUACGGCCAUCCUUUGCACAACAGCAUCAAGGGUGGGAUUCGUCUGAGCUUUUCGAAGAAUCCUCUUGGUGUUCGAUCUGGUCCAGGAAUGGUAUCGCCAGGUCCCGCAAAUGUACCAGGCGGCAUACAUGGUAUGAACGGCGCUAUGAUGGGCGGCUUGGGAGGAUCUUUCAGCACUGCGAAUGGACCUCCUCCAGGUCUUUCUGCGCCACCUGGUUUGGGACCAGGUAGAAUGGGUUAUGCUGGUGCAAUGAGUUCUGGAGUUAUGGGUGGUAAUCAAUAUGCUUCUAAUACUUCGUUCGGGGGACCAAACAAUUGGAAUGGUCAAGGUUUCACGUCAGCCAUGGCUGCUGGCGGCCCAACACCCAUGAUGAACGGUUCUAAUGGCGGGUUUCCUCCUGCAUAUAUGAUGGGACGAUAG